UUACAGAAAUUACCCCUUGGCUCGUUAAACGUGCUUAAUGCGCGCAGACUGUGGAGACACCCGUACGCAUUCGCCUCUCCAGAUGAGUGAAAAACACCGAGACCGGAUGGUUCCCUCCCGAGGUACAAACUUCCGACUGGUGCAAACUUCGCGGCUCAUCCCGGUAUGAUCAUUUCCAACUUGAGCCUGAGCUGCGCGCACUGUCCCGAGGGAGUAGCCCGCAGCACGGAGGCGACGGACGCGUACGAGGAGGUAUCCGGUUCCCUGCCCCCUCCGUCCCUGAGCCCGACUGGGCACCUUCUGGUGGCGGUGUGCCUGGGCUUCAUCGGCACUUUCGGGUUUCUCAGUAACUUCCUGGUGCUCACGCUGUUCUGCCGGUACCGGGCUCUGCGCACGCCCAUGAAUCUCAUGCUGGUGAGCAUCUCGGCGAGCGACCUGCUGGUUAGUGUGCUGGGGACUCCGUUCAGCUUCGCAGCCAGCACCCAGGGGCGGUGGUUGAUCGGACGCGCUGGGUGCGUUUGGUAUGGGUUCGUUAACUCAUGUUUGGGUAUUGUUUCCCUCAUCUCAUUGGCUGUUUUGUCCUACGAGCGCUACUGCACCAUGAUGGCGCAGACUAUUGCAGACUGUAGAGACUUCCGCCCAACCCUGGCAGGGAUCUGCUUCUCCUGGCUUUACUCCGUGGCCUGGACCGUGCCUCCGCUGCUGGGCUGGAGCAGAUAUGGUCCUGAGGGUCCCGGCACCACCUGCUCGGUUGACUGGAGGACACGUACGCCAAACAAUAUCUCCUACAUCAUCUGCCUGUUCACCUUCUGCCUCGUUCUGCCGUUCGGCGUCAUCCUCUACUCCUACGGCAAGCUGCUGCACGCCAUCAGACAGGUGCGAAUCUGCAAUGUAAAUGUUAUGAGAGCGCUUGUUCCAAAGUGA